UCUGCUUCCUCUCGACCGCCUUCCUGCUCGUCUUCGUCAUGUCCCUCCUCUUCACCUACUCCCACCACAGCAUCGCCUACCUGGACCCCGGCGGGCUGGGCGGCAUCCACCGGGUGAAGUUGGUGCCCGGCUAUGCUGGCAUGCAGCGGCUCAGCAAGGGGGGGCCGUACCCCCGGGGCUGUGCCUGCCACCGCUGCCCGGCCGAGGAGGCUGGGGCUGCUGACUGGUUUGACGGGCGCUACGACAGCACCAUCUCCCCAGUGUGGACCAAGGAGAACAUGGAACUGCCGCCUGAUGUCCAGAGGUGGUGGAUGAUGCUGCAGCCUCAGUUUCAGUCCCACAACACCCAUGAGGUCCUGAGCAAGCUCUUCCAGAUCGUGCCAGGCGAGGAUCCCUACGGCUCUCGCGACCUGCGCCACUGCCGCCGCUGUGCCGUGGUCGGCAACUCAGGCAACCUGCGUGGCUCCAGUUACGGGACGGAGAUCGAUGGGCACGACUUUGUCAUGCGGAUGAACCAGGCCCCUACAGUGGGUUUCGAGGGCGACGUGGGCAGUCGGACCACGCACCACUUCAUGUACCCUGAGAGUGCCAAGAACCUGCCCGCCAACGUCAGCUUCGUGCUGGUGCCCUUCAAAACCCUGGACCUGCUCUGGAUCGCCAGUGCCCUCUCCACCGGCCAGAUCAGGUUCACGUAUGCACCUGUGAAGCCUUUUCUGCGGGUGGACAAAGAAAAGGUGCAGAUCUACAACCCUGCCUUCUUCAAGUACAUCCACGACCGCUGGACAGAGCAUCAUGGGCGCUACCCCUCCACCGGCAUGCUGGUGCUCUUCUUCGCCCUCCACGUCUGCGAUGAGGUGAACGUCUUCGGGUUCGGCGCUGACAGCCGGGGCAACUGGCACCACUACUGGGAGAACAACCGCUACGCCGGGGAGUUCAGGAAGACGGGGGUGCACGAUGCCGACUUCGAGGCGCACAUCAUCGACAUGCUGGCCAAAACCAGCAAGAUCGAGGUUUACCGGGGGAACUGAGGGCUGCGCCUCCUCCGGCUCC